GAAAUCUUAAAUAUACUGAUAAUGGGGUAGAGAAUAGCAGACAACGAUCAGAUGAAAUGGAAGAUACUUUAGAAAUUCAAUCAAAUAUGAAUAUAUCAGAUAUUUUUAAUGAAUCAAAUAUUAAUGAAGUGUUACCUCUUCAAAAUCUAGAAGAAAUAGAUGAUGUCAUAGCUUUACAAA